AUGACGCCUGUAUUUCUCAAGAAGAUGGAGCCUUUCUUCACCCUCCGCAACAAACUCCCCCUGCAGAUUGUUAUAGUCACCUUGAUCAUUACCGUCAUCACCCUCUCGGGCGUGCGACUCAUCUUGCCCAAUCGGCCCCCAGGUCGCUCCACCACUAUGGGUCUCGGCAUGGGUGCCAAGUCACUCAUCAUCCUGACAUACGAGAUCCUCACCGAGCACUCUAUCCGCUUCCAUCGCUGGAGCAGCCUCAAGGCUUACUUCAUCCUUAAUACAAUGGAGGUUGUCUUCUGGGCAGCUGUUGCGUUCAUGAUGAUCCGGGGUAACUCUCAGCUUUGUGUCGGAACGAGUUGCGCGCUGGGUUGGGUUGUGUUUGUGCUGGCUGGUUUCUUGAGCCCGAUUUACAAGUACCUUGCUGUGGUCACCUAUCUGGACUGGCGAUUCUACAAGAAGAAUGGAUUUCCCCGCGGUACGAGGACCAAGAAUACAGAUGAAUCUCUUAGCACUCUCCGCUCAGAUGACACCGCUUAUCGCCACUGA